AGUGUCGGGGGUAAGAAUAUCAGAACUCUCUUUCUCUCUCCCUCUCUACACCGCUUUUCUUCUUUCUUUUUUCAUUUUAUUUUAAUUUUUGUUAAUUUCUCUAACCCGCUCCAAACUCGGGCGUUUGGGUUCAGGGGGCUUCAGGCACACUUUCGAAAUACUUGGUCCCCCAGAUCCGUUGAGCUCCGAAUAUGAGUAGCUUGGUUGAGAGGCUUCGCGUUAGGUCAGACCGAAGGCCAGUUUACAACAUUGAUGAAUCAGAUGAUGAGGCCGAUUUUGUAACUAGAAAACCUGGGACAGCUGAGGAAAAGUUUGAAAAGAUUGUUAGGAGCGAUGCGAAAGAGAAUUCAUGUCAAGCCUGUGGCGAAACUGGGAAUCUUUUGUGCUGUGAAACAUGCAGUUAUGCUUACCAUUCUAAAUGUUUACUUCCACCACCGAGAUCUCCUCUCCCUGGCAACUGGAGAUGCCCUGAAUGUGUAAGCCCAUUAAAUGAUAUUGAUAAGAUCUUGGACUGUGAAAUGCGCCCUACUGUGGCUGGUGAUAGUGAUGCCUCAAAGCUGGGCUCGAAGCAAAUUUUUGUAAAACAAUAUCUUGUGAAGUGGAAGGAACUCUCUUAUUUGCAUUGCACAUGGGUUCCAGAGAAGGAGUUCGUGAAAGCUUUCAAAGCUCAUCCACGUCUGAAGACUAAAGUGAAGAAUUUCCAUCGUCAAAUGGAAUCAAGUAAUAACUCUGAGGAUGAUUUUGUCGCCAUUCGACCUGAAUGGACAACUGUUGAUCGAAUUCUGGCCUGCAGGGGAGAUGAUGAGAAAGAAUAUCUAGUGAAGUGGAAAGAACUAUCAUAUGAUGAAUGCUAUUGGGAAUCAGAGUCGGACAUAUCUGCAUUUCAGCCGGAAAUAGAGAGAUUCAACAGAAUUCAGUCUAGGAAAAGUAAAAUGUUGUCUAGUAAGCAGAAGAGCAUUCUUAAAGAUGCUAUGGAAUCAAAAAAGAAGCAGAAAGAGUUUCAACAGUAUGAACAUAGUCCUGAAUUUCUUUCUGGAGGCUCACUCCAUCCAUAUCAGCUUGAAGGGUUGAACUUCUUACGUUUCUCCUGGUCCAAACAAACUCACGUGAUACUUGCAGAUGAAAUGGGACUUGGAAAAACUAUACAGAGUAUUGCUUUUUUAGCAUCUCUUUUUGAAGAGAAAGUUGGUCCACAUCUAGUGGUGGCUCCACUUUCAACAUUGAGAAAUUGGGAACGUGAAUUUGCAACGUGGGCACCUCAAAUGAAUGUUGUUAUGUAUGUUGGCUCUGCCCAAGCCCGUGCUGUCAUACGGGAAUAUGAAUUUUACUUUCCCAAAAAUCACAAGAAGAUUAAGAGAAAGAAAUCUGGUCAAAUUGUUAGUGAAAGUAAGCAAGAAAGGAUCAAAUUUGAUGUCCUCCUGACAUCAUAUGAAAUGAUCAACUUAGACUCAACAUCACUAAAACCGAUAAAGUGGGAGUGUAUGAUUGUUGAUGAAGGUCAUCGUCUCAAAAAUAAGGAUUCAAAGUUAUUUUCAUCAUUACAGCAGUAUUGCACUAGUCAUCGUGUGCUUCUGACUGGAACUCCUCUUCAGAACAAUCUGGACGAGCUCUUUAUGCUUAUGCACUUUCUUGAUGCUGGGAAGUUCGGAAGUCUGGAGGAAUUCCAGGAAGAGUUUAAGGAUAUCAAUCAAGAGGAGCAGAUUUCACGGCUUCACAGAAUGUUGGCUCCUCAUCUUCUUAGAAGAGUGAAAAAAGAUGUCAUGAAGGAACUACCUCCUAAAAAGGAACUUAUAUUACGUGUUGAUUUAAGUAGCAAACAGAAAGAGUACUACAAAGCAAUUCUGACACGUAACUAUCAGAUAUUAACUCGUCGAGGUGGUGCACAGAUAUCUCUUAUCAACGUGGUCAUGGAAUUGCGCAAGCUUUGUUGUCAUCCUUAUAUGUUAGAGGGAGUUGAACCAGACAUAGAAGAUUCAAAUGAAUCUUACAAACAGCUAUUGGAAUCUUCUGGGAAAUUGCAAUUGUUGGACAAAAUGAUGGUGAAACUUAAGGAGCAAGGGCAUAGAGUUCUCAUAUAUUCACAAUUUCAGCACAUGCUGGAUUUGCUAGAAGACUAUUGUACUUUCAAAAAAUGGCAGUAUGAACGGAUAGAUGGAAAAGUUGGUGGAGCUGAGAGACAAAUAAGAAUAGAUCGAUUUAAUGCCAAAAAUUCUUCCAGGUUUUGUUUUCUGCUUUCUACUAGAGCUGGGGGCUUAGGAAUAAACCUUGCCACUGCUGACACAGUGAUCAUAUAUGACAGUGAUUGGAAUCCUCAUGCUGAUCUACAAGCAAUGGCUAGAGCUCAUCGACUUGGGCAAACUAACAAGGUAAUGAUUUAUAGGCUAGUAACUCGAGGAAGUAUUGAAGAACGGAUGAUGGAAAUGACUAAGAAGAAAAUGGUAUUAGAGCAUUUGGUUGUUGGAAGGUUAAAGGCUCAAAACAUCAACCAGGAAGAGUUAGAUGACAUCAUAAGGUACGGAUCGAAGGAGUUAUUUGUUGAUGAAAAUGAUGAAGCAGGAAAAUCCCGUCAAAUUCAUUAUGAUGAUGCUGCCAUAGAUAGAUUACUUGAUCGUGAACAAGCUGGGGACGAUGAGGCUAUGUUGGACGACGAAGAUGAAGAUGGAUUUUUAAAGGCCUUCAAGGUAGCAAAUUUUGAAUAUAUUGAUGAAGCAGAGGCUGUAGCAGAGGAGGAACCACAAAAGGCUGCCGUGGACAGUAGACCUACCGUGAACAGUUCCGAAAGAACAAAUUACUGGGAAGAGUUAUUAAGAGACAAAUAUGAAGUGCAUAAAGUUGAAGAGUUUAAUGCUUUGGGCAAAGGAAAGAGAAGCCGUAAGCAGAUGGUAUCUGUUGAAGAUGACGACCUUGCUGGUUUGGAAGAUGUAAGUUCUGAUGGUGAGGAUGAUAACUAUGAAGCUGACAUAAUGGAGGGUGAAACAUCAUCAUCAGGAACUCUUUCUGGGAGGAAGCCUAACAAAAAGAGAAGUCGUGUGGAUAGUGCAGAGCCCCCUCCCUUGAUGGAAGGAGAAGGAAGAUCAUUCAAAGUUUUGGGUUUCAAUCAAAGUCAGAGAGCCGCAUUUGUACAAAUUUUGAUGAGGUUUGGGGUUGGGGAAUAUGACUGGAAAGAGUUUACACCUCGCAUGAAGCAGAAGACAUUUGAAGAAAUAGAGAAUUAUGGUAGACUAUUCUUGGCUCACAUAGCUGAAGAGAUGACUGACUCCCCAACCUUUUCAGAUGGUGUUCCUAAAGAAGGGCUCAGAAUAGGAGAUGUACUUUGUAGGAUUGCUGUUCUGAUGCAGAUGCAGCAAAGGGUGGAUUUGGCAUCAAAGAAUCCAGGCGCUCCGCUUUUUUCAGAGGACAUCCUGUUGCUCUACCCUGGAUUGAAGGGUGGAAAAUUUUGGAAAGAGGAACAUGAUUUAACAUUGUUGCGUGCCGUACUAAAGCAUGGAUAUGGAAGAUGGCAAGCUAUCGUUGAUGACAAAGACCUGAGGCUUCAAGAAGUUAUCUGUCAAGAGUUGAAUCUUCCCUUUAUAAACCUACCAGUCCCCGGACAAGCUAAUAGUCAAGCACAAAAUGGUGCGAGAACAGCUAACACAGAAGGACCUGGCAACCAUGCUAGUGAAAAUGGUACCGGAAGUGAUAUAGGAGCUAAUGUUGCCCAGGGAACCAGUGAUGCUGCAAACCAACCACAGUUAUAUCAAGAUUCGUCUGUGCUGUAUCAAUUUAGAGACAUGCAGAGAAGACAGGUAGAAUUUAUCAAGAAAAGAGUGCUUCUCUUGGAGAAAGGCAACAAUGUAGAUUUGGCGAAAGAACAGGGUGAAAAUUCAAAUGAGGUUCCGAGUGAAGAGCCUGACAGUGAACCCAAGGUUACAAGAAUGUCAAGCCCUCAUCCUAUGGAGAUUGAUGGACAAACGGUUGAUCAGUUGCCUGGAAUAGUAAAGAUCACUUCUGAAGAAAUUUUCGCAGCUGUUUGUGACAACGAUCCAGAUCGAUUGAAGUUGCCUCACCUUUAUAAUGAGAUGUGCAAGCUUGUGGAGGAAAAUGCCCAUGAAUUAGUUCAGACCAAAUUAGGAACCAUUUGUGAAGAAAUAAGCAGGAUUCUCUCUACUGUGCAACAGAAUUCUUCUAAUUUGGCAGAGCCCAUAGUCAAUCCUAAUAAGCAAUCACAAGCCAAGACAAAGAGCAAUGUUGUAGUUCCCGGAUCAUCAGCUGAUCAAGGUGACAACAAGCAUGCUGCUGUGGCGGACGUUGACAUGACAGAUUUGGCUGCAGAACCCAAACAUACAAUCUCGGACUUAGACCCUGACCCAGAAGAGGAAGAGGAAAGUAGAGAACCACAUCGUGACGUUCAAGCUCCUGCAGGUUCGGGUUCGCCUCAGUUGGGCCGGACAAAUCUGGCCGGAAACUCUGGAAAUGGUGUGGGAGAGGGAAUUGCAGAAAAACCUGAGCAGGUCAUAGUAUUGGAUGAUUAAAUGGGAGUGAUGAUACUAGGCUGGUAGGCUUACUUUCUUUGUACCCUUGUUUGUGUUGCAAUGAAAAUGUGUAUACCGCAGAAAGUAAUUGAAAAUAGCCGGACCUUCUAAAUCAUAUAAUAGAGUAACUUUUCCCCCCUCAAGCAAAAGCUCAUUUGUGGAGUUGCUUGGACUGGCCCAAUCAUGAGUCUUUUAGUUCUUUUGGCCCGACCCAACUGUCUAUAGUGUUUUAAAAAAAAAAUUUCUCUUUUUUCUUUUU